GGCAUUUUAUCAGAGGCAUUGUGUCAUUUUUUGGGAUUAGCAGUGGCAUUAACAAUGAUUUGGCUUCACUGCACAGUAUUAUAUUUGUUACCUCAGUUUUAGCAGCAUCAUUUGUAGAAUACUGUGUGUGAAAGAGUUUUAUUCAUCAUGAAGGAUAUUUCUGCAGAAAAUAUUUCUUUCACAGACUUUAAACUGAUUGGUUUCUACAGCUUAGGAGAAUGGAGGCCUUUUUUAUUUAUCCCUUUCUUCCUGAUGUUUUUAUUGUCUAUCACAGCAAAUUCUAUUCUCAUAUAUUUAAUAAAAUCACAAAAGUCUUUGCAUUCUCCUAUGUAUGUACUAAUAGGUGUUAUGGCAGUGUUAGACUUGAUCUUGCCAGUAUUUUUUGUACCUAACAUGCUUCUUAGCUUUUUAUUUAAUUGGAGUGGGAUAUCUCUGACUGGUUGUUUGAUACAAAUGUUUGGUAUUCAUUUUGUUGGAACAUUACAGUCAACUUUGCUUUUGUGGAUGGCACUGGAUCGUUACUUUGCAAUUUGCAAACCUCUUUAUUAUCAUAAAUACAUGGAAAUUAGUAAUUUUUUAAAAUUUGUUUUUCUUCCCUUAAUCAGAAAUGGAUUCCUGAUUGUCAUCAUGGUCUCUCUAGCAGGAAAACUGUCUUUCUGUAGAAAUACUAUUGAUCACUGUUUAUGUGAGCACAUGGCAUUAGUUCAGUUAGCAUGUGAAGAUAUAUCUGUUAAUAAUAUUGUAGGACUUGUGUCUGCUUUUCUGAUCCCAACUGCAGACUUUAUUCUCAUUACUGUUUCUUAUGUUGUGAUUUUCACCUCUGUGUUUAGAUCUGGUAAGGCUCAUUUGAAGGCCAUUAAUACCUGCAUUACUCACAUCAUUGUUAUGACACUUAGUUUGACUUCUGCCUUGAUUGCAUUUUUGUCAUACAGAAUAAGAAAUAAUGUUUCUCCCAGCAACCGUAUAUUUAUGAGCAUCAUAUACAUUCUGUUUCCAAGUUGUUUUAACCCAAUAAUCUAUGGAUGGAGAACAAAAGAAAUAAGGCAAACAUUUCAAAAGUUUAUAAAGAAUGGAAUGGUUUUGCCUUUUUUAAAUAAGUGAAUUGCUAUUAUAAAUGAAUGGAUAUUACAAAUUGAAAAUAAGCUAUCGUAACAUACAUAAAGCAUAUAUGCAAAGCAUAUCCAUUUAGGCUUUGUUAACCUAUACUAUUAUCAAUGUAUUGUCAUUUUGUAAAACCUUCUAAAAGUGUGAACUUUAGCAACAAGUGGCAAAAAGGCCAUACUCUUACCAAAAACAUUUUUUUUUUUUUUUUUUUCAUAAUUAUAGACAAACACAAUAUGACUACACACAAACAGUUUUCAUAAUGUUAUUCAAGACAUUAAGUGAUCAUUGACAGGGCAGGAAAAUUAACUGAACUUCUGUGUUCUGAAUUUUCUCUCUGUGGACAGUUAAGACUUUAAAAAUAGCACUGUUCAUCAAUAACAAAUGUGAAGCAUGGUGGAAGGAGCAUCGUGGUUUAGGGCUUGCUUAGCUGCCUCAGGAUGUGGACACUUUGCAGUGAUUGAAGAGACAAUGGAUUCAAAAGUGGAUCAAGACAGGAGAAGGAGACUCUCACUUCUCACAUUUCAUGACAUGAAGCUUCAGAGAUGUUGGGUGAUGCCAUAAGUCACAAGUAAAUCCCCAAGCACACAAGUAAAUCAAU